CACGCGUUCGUUCCGCUCACCUGUCGCGCCAAACGGGAGACAUGCGUCGCGCAUGCGCAGAGGCCCCACACGCACCGCCGCUUCCUGCCAGAUAGUGGUCCCUAACAACAGACAAAGCUUGAGUCUGUGGCUCCAGAUGAAGACGCAGAUUUAACAGACGCUCGUCCUUCGCUCCUUCGAUGGGUCCGGACAGGCUUUUUAGCUAGAGGGAGUCGGCUGAGCGUGCAGACAUGUCGGGUCGCUCCGCUGCAGAGAUGGAUGACUCGCAGGAGCUGCCUGAGCUGCCGGUAAAGAAAGCCAAGCUUGAGAUUGAUGGUGGACUGGAGAAAGAUUCCAGUACUCUUGGGAACGAUGGGAGUCCAGCUGCUGUUUUAGGUUCUUCAGAGCAGGAAAACUCGUAUUCUGCACUGUCGACCGCUCAGCUUGAUCCAGGUGAUCAGGAGCAUUCGGACAUAGACAGAGGAGCAGCAUCUCAAGACUGUGGCGACACAAUGAACUCAUAUGCACAUUCUGCUACAGACUCAACAGCCACUUCUGAAUACACCCAACAGGUUUAUCAAGGAAGCAAUCCAGCGGUGACAUCGUACACCGGUCAGAUGGCCUUUCCUCCUCUGGUCCAGUCCACUGUGUACUCGGCCUUCCCCCAGACAGGCCAAACCUACGGCCUCCCACCGUUUGGUGCUAUGUGGCCAGGCAUAAAAACUGAGACAGGGCUGCCUGAGGCACCCUCUGGUGGCCAGCCUGGGUUUCUCAGCUUCAGCACCACAUAUACCUCAACCCAGCCAGGCCAGCUGCACUACUCAUACCCCAGCCAAGGCUCAAGUUUUACAACAUCUAGUGUGUACUCCAACAUCCCCUCAGCUACAGCCACCACCACAGCCUCCACCACAGUGACCCAACAGGAAUUUAGCAGCUACAACUCUCUGGGUCAGAGUCAGUUCUCUCAGUACUACACUCUGCCUCCCAGCUACGUCCCCGCCGGGCUGGCCAGCAGUGACGAGCAGGGGGCGGGUGUGGCAGGAUAUUCAGCUGUGAAGUCAGAGGAGGCCGCCUCAGCUGGACUUCCUCCCAGAGAUGCCUCUCCACCAGAGAACCUCCCAGUAGGAGCAGCUCUCCCCAUUAGCGUGGCGCUCCCUGCUGAUGCCAGAGAGCAGGAUGAGGUCGGACGCAGGAACUCGGUUGGUAAAUCUAAAGGGAAAGGCAAGAAGUCUGACAACUCCCCACCAGCUGACAGUGACCUGGAGCGUAUUUUUCUGUGGGAUCUGGAUGAGACCAUCAUCAUAUUCCAUUCACUGCUCACCGGCUCCUACGCACAGAAGUUUGGCAAGGACCCAGCGACGGUGUUGAACUUGGGUCUGCAGAUGGAGGAGCUGAUCUUUGAGCUGGCCGACACUCACCUUUUCUUCAAUGACCUGGAGGAAUGUGAUCAAGUUCAUGUUGAGGACGUGGCUUCUGAUGACAAUGGACAGGAACUGAGCAACUACAACUUCUUGGCCGAUGGCUUUAAUGGGCCCAGUGGUGGAGGAGCAACAGGAACCACAUCAGGAGUCCAGGGAGGAGUGGAGUGGAUGCGUAAACUGGCCUUUCGAUACCGCCGGCUAAAAGAGAUCUACAACAGCUACAAGGGAAAUGUUGGAGAUCUGUUGAGUCCUAUGAAGAGGGAGCUGCUUGUACGACUUCAGUCUGAGAUCGAGAACGUAACGGACGCGUGGCUCAGCACAGCGCUCAAGUCUCUGCUGCUCAUCCAGUCCAGGGGGAAGUGUAUGAACCUGUUGGUCACCACCACUCAGCUUGUUCCCGCUCUGGCAAAAGUCCUGCUCUACGGCCUGGGGGACGUCUUCCCCAUCGAGAACAUCUACAGCGCAACGAAAAUAGGAAAAGAAAGUUGCUUUGAGAGGAUCAUUUCUCGCUUCGGGAAGAAAGUUACUUACGUGGUGAUCGGUGACGGUCGAGACGAGGAGUUUGCAGCAAAACAGCACAACAUGCCUUUCUGGCGGAUCUCCACUCACGGCGACCUCGUGUCCCUGCACCAAGCGCUGGAACUGGACUUCUUGUAAAGGAGCGGCUACGUUGAAUGGCGCGCGCUAAAAGGGAAAAUGUAGCCGUCGUCCUGUUGGCUCAUGGAGUGGCACUGCGUGAAAAAAUCCUUCAGAACCCCAACAAUACACACUCGCAUUUUAGAAACGCCUGUCCGCUCUCACGGACGACGAAUGACUGGGUGUGUGAUGGUAGAUGUACUGAGACGGACUUUGGGUCGGAGCUGACUGUGAGUAACAGACUGGACGCAGCUGUCGGCUGAAUUAAGGUUCCUCACGUCUGGCACUCCCCCUUCGGCAGCUAACCUCACCACGGCUGAGACUGGCACUGAUUUGGAAACAGAAGGGAAAACAGAUUUUAACUUUCUCCUCCUCCUCCUCGGUCUUUGGCCUCAUUUUCUUUGUUUAAUAUGAAAAUCUCCUGCAGCAAACGCUCUCCUCUUUAUUUUUAUAUUUCCUUUUCUUUCUGGACAUUAACAACCAAAGGGCCAUUCUUCUUAAACAUCGUUCUCCUGAGUAGUUCUAGCUUUUUAUUUAGACUCUGUGUUCUUUGAAAGAAUAAUAUCAACGCCAACAUUGGGCGGUUGUGCACUCGUUCAAAGACUUCAAGUCAUUUUGUAGUUGCCUUUGCAAAUCACUGACCUUCAAGUUACUGACCGUCGUCAAGAAUCAAAUAAUAACGUAUGUUUUUUUUUUUUUAUUUAGCGUAGCCAGUCUGAUUUUGAGCACAAGGUACGUGUUGGGAUUUUUUUAUUUUAAAGAAAAGACGUCUGCUGCUCCCCUGAUCAAACCACACGUCAGUCAGCUGAGCUCCUCGCUGUGUUUCAACCCCCAGUGUGUGUGUGUGUGUGUGAUAUGUGGUCAGCAAGCAUGUGCCGAGGAUCACAGGUUUCUAGACGUGCUCUUGGAUGAACAAACACUUCUUCACCACCAUCCUCAAUGUAUUUCAACCUCUCCCAGCUGUUAGACAAGUGCGUCCAUCAACAGCAUUCUCAGAAAUCAACUAGUGUGCUUCAUUUUGUCUCUUUCCCUGUGUGAGGAUAAUAUCCGUAUAUUAGAACCUGCUUCAAAUCGAUAAUGUAGUAGAAUAAGAUUUAUUUCCCUCCGUCUUCUUUCUUAAGCUAAGUGAUAUAAAAAGCCGUCUUUUGCCUGAAAAUUUCUUUGACAUGAAACUGAUAACCGUCUCCGCUCGUGGCGUUUUGGAGACGUGUGGUUUUCACAGGACGACGACAAUUAUCUGUAACAUUUCCUGUCUUUUGGUCCCAAGUGUCCUUGAAAUCCCACGAGGAGACGAACUUCGAUCAAAAAUUUAAAAGAGGUGUUGAGAUGAGUGUAUCGUAUUUAUCGGUUUCAUAAAUCAUUUAGCGUUGACGUGGUUUUAAGAUGUGAAUAAGGAUAAUGUGACCCUGCAAACUAUCACACUUGAUCCACAUCUGAACGCUCGAGUGUUUUAAGACGGAGAACGUGUGAAGCGAGGGCUAGAUUUCUGAACUCCAGAGCUCAGUUAAGAGAAGGGAGGUCCUACAUGAUUUAAUACAGAUUUCAUUUCAAUAUUCUUUUGGGUUGUUGUUUUUUUUUUUGUGGCUACAAAAGCAGAAAUGCAUUGUUGAUGAAAUUGACGAUCAUUUUACCUAAAAGUAAGUUGCGUAUUGUUUACAUUGGCGUUUUCUCAGCUUCUCUAUCAGGUUAUAUGUUAUUUAGCUGUCGUUUGUUUUAACAGUUAUUUAAAACUAUGGAUGCAACUGUUAUUUUCAUAAUCAAUUGAUAAAAGGUUCUCACAUCGUUUUUGUCUAAAGCAGUUAUUUAGAUUUAUUAGCAAAUAUUUUGAUCAUCGAUUUAUCUUAAAUCAGGAGAUCUGGCUCCAGCUUCUCAGAUGAUGGUGAUAACAUCCAAAUAGUUGCCGACUAGUCACUUCAGUUUGUUAAUCCUUUAAAACUACUUCCCCCACAAUGACUUGUACCGCUUUGAAUUUUCAUCACGGCGACCCACAACUUCUUGAAGUCGUACCCGAAGCGGGGGGCGGGGCAGCGUCGACGACUGUGCAAUACAUUUCUACUUUGCUCAUUAACUGUAAUUCAAAGGGAUUAUUUUUUUCAGCUGCUUGUUGAAAAUGGCGAGGGGAGUGGGAGGUGGCAACAACUUCCCUGAAUCUGAGAUUACGACUGAACAAUACUGAGCCCGAAGAAGAUUUUACACACAUGCAGCUCGACCGUUACGAAUGUGUAUUUCUGUGUUACUCGUUUGUGUCUCGUGUGACUGUUCAUAUUUAUAUUGUGCCUUUUAACCAUCAUCUGUACGCAUAAUCUCAAAGGGAAAUGUGUGUAAGAGUUUGUGUUUGAUACAUAUAUCACUGCAUUGUUAUACUAUCCAAAGUGUUAUUUUUCUUUUCAUCCAAUAUUUCUUUUUUGUUAUUGAGUUAGACUUUUUCAUUGAACUGUCCUGUCUGCACUGUAUUUAAAAAGGUCUCCUAGAAAAAGAGCGUUUGGUGUUGAUUGCUCUGUGUCUGCGCUAAUGGAUCCCAAUCGUUUUUGACAGUUUCACUGGUGAAAAUCUAAUUUGUCAACAGUCACAUCAGCCUUUAAGCCUCUUUUUUUUAAAGGAGUGUUUAUUUUGCUGCUGUGAAAACACUGCAUUGCUUAGACAAUCACAACCUGUCAUACAUGGUGGUUUUUUUUUAAUGCAGGUCGGAUUACGAUAGAGAGAGGCACGUUUUAAGAGGCCGUGCUUUUCGAUCGUUCGGUGUCGUACCGCCGAGUCUGAGGGAGAAAUGGGAUCAUUAGCCCUGACACACAUUUGAGAAACCAUGAGACCAUAUGCAAUCUCUCCGUAUCUCUUUCUUUACUUUGCAUGCCUUGUCAUGGCCUUCAAAAACGACGACCAUGCAACAUUUAAGGGUCUAUAUUCUUAGACGUGUCCUCUUUUUCUUUUUAAUGCCAAAUACUGUUGUUGAUUUUGAAAUGCUGUCUUGUUUAUUUUUCUAUCUUUUUUUAAGUAUUUCAUCUCAUUUUCAAGGACUUGUGAGGCUGCGAGUACAGAGCCUGAAUGUGACCCUGUAAACUGAACCCUAUCAUCAUCAUUAAUGCUAAUUUAAUUACAACAAUCACUAUUUUCCCCUCAGUCCCUCGACACAGUCCUGUAAGGUUUGUCUGAACCUGAGACUCUCAAAACGAUGUAAAUAAAUUUUAAAGUUUCAGACUCAA